UCAAGUAAAUGCAGUCUACAUAUCUCAUGACAUGGUAAUCUGGAUUUGCUAGCGUCUUGGCCUCUGGUAACCAAUAAACACUCUAGUAAAUGUAUUCCAGCACUCCAGGAGGGUUGGCUGUCCCAAAACUAUUUAUAUUUUUAAAGUGCAUCUUCCCUUCACUUUCUAGUGUUUGCAGAUUUUGCACUUCCCUCUUCUGCAGCGCACACGGGUCAAACUUCCGACUAUUUUUUCUCCUCUAUUGAUGCUGCCUGACUUGCUGAGAUCUCCCAGCAUUUUGUGCGUGUUUUGCUCAAGAUUUCCAGCAUCUGCAGGAUCUCUAGAGGUUAUACUGUAGAGUAGAUUUUCCUUUUAAUAUGCAAAGCCAGACCAUUUCAUAAAAUGAGACGAGAUGAAAUGUCAUAUCGGGGUGACCGCGCCUCCCAGCGGCGCAGGCACGGGAGAGGCGCGGCCCCGCGGGAUAAUGGGACGUGGAACUAAUUUUGGCAAGCGGUACCUGAAGGCCUUUGUUAGUGGUUUCUUCGUUGCUGUUCCAGUUACUGUGACAUUUCUGGAUCGUGUUGCCUCCAUUGCAAGAGUGGAGGGUGCUUCAAUGCAGCCAUCAUUAAAUCCUCCUGGAGGAACUACCUGUGACAUAGUGCUUUUAAACCGAUGGAGUGUGAGGAACUAUGAAGUACAGCGGGGCGACAUCAUAUCUCUUCUGUCGCCCAAAAACCCAGAACAGAAAAUAAUCAAACGAGUGAUUGCCCUUGAAGGAGAUAUUAUCAAAACUAUGGGAUACAGGAACAGAUACAUCAAAAUUCCCAGUGGGCACUUGUGGAUUGAAGGAGAUCAUUAUGGCCAUAGCUUUGACAGUAAUGUUUUUGGACCUGUUUCUCUUGGACUGGUUCAUGCCCGUGCUUCACACAUCAUCUGGCCUCCAAAUCGUUGGAUGAAGUUACAAGCACAACUGCCUGAGAGACGCAGACCUCUGAUGUCUCAGGAUGAUGAAUGUGUCGAUGAAGCAGAUGGCUGAUUGAAGCAAGAUUCCAGCGCAAUCAACAAGCUGUUGUUCUAAUCGUGAAAGUGCUUUGUAACUUUUCAUUACAUUGCACAUUUCACACACAUGAAAUUUCUAAAGCUAAGAAAUACUUCUACAAUGUACUCUAUCACACAGAACAGGUUUAUUUGAUUUUUGCUACUGUUUGAGUUGUAUUUUUGUCAACCUUGAACAAUAUACCUGGUCUUUGAGCCAGAACUGAAUUUAUGAAGAAAUGUCAAUGAAAAUUUAUUCCAAUAAAUCCCAAUAGCACCAAAUCCUUUUUAUCCCAGUUAAGCGUUUAGAGAAUAUUUGAUGUCAUUGAUAUUAUGUUAAGAUUAGGGCGUGGAAAUUCCUGUGCCCACUUUUCAGCAUAUCUGUAGAAGAUUAGAAUCUUUAAAUUAUGGGCCGGACCCUAUUAUUUACUGUGGCAGAUUGAGUUAAUUCAUGCUUGAAGGAGCUGCUCUUCUUGACAUCCAAAUAGAUGGAAACAUGUUUAUAAUCUUUAUCUGUUUCAUUUUGCAAGCACUGACUGUAUACACCGCAAAGACUAUUGCUGAACUCAGCCAGUACGGGUGACAGAUCUCAUGAUGCAGGGGAAAUAGAUGGAAGAUCCAGUACACAUGUAGGAACCACCUAGAUAGCACUGAAAUUGUGCCCAGAUUUCUUCUGUGACAAUUGUUAUUUCUUUAGCGCCUAGACGUUUUUAGGUUAUGAGGUUAUAACAGCAGUGAUCUUUCACUUGUGAACCUUUGGCCUAAACCCAUCUUAAAUCCAGAGAAUAACAAUCACCUCUUCCUCUGCCACCCCAUACACAAAUAACCUGAAAUGUCUGAGCUCAAACCUGUUUCUCUUAGCUGCCUGCUGAUUACCCCACAUUUAAAAACAUUGACAUAAAGAGGACAACAAAUACUGGUAGUACACUAAUCAGGUACACUAUUGUCCAUGACAAGGGUAAUCUUUGGAGAAUGAUGUCCACGGAACAAGAUUAAAGUAACUUUGCCUUUUUGACAGUGUGGGUAUUUAAUAUUUUCACUGGGUUAGUACUAGCUUCUUCCUAGACACUUUCUCAGAGGUGAAUGAUGAUUUGCACCCACUCUACCAUUAUAAGUUCUGAAGUGGCUGCUAAAGCCUUGUGUAAAAAUGGGGACAGUGUGUAAGUCGUGUGCUCUCUUCCAUUUUUGUUGGAUUUCUCAGCGCCAUGUCAGAUGCUCCUUCUCCAUGCUGAUCAGACACAGGAUAAAUAUUCCCAAAAGCUAGCAAGGAUGCUACAUAUUUUUCCAAUCAGAUUUUGAGAAGAAUCCUUUAAACAUUUUCUCUGUUAUGCCAGUCUUUUGUAGUAACAAAGCUUGCUGUAAGAUGCCUGGUGCGCAGGUCACGUGGCUGAGAUGGCUGAGUUUCAUUGGAGCUUCAAUGCUGUAGGUGUUAGCCCAAAAGAACAUGUUGAUUAUGUUGGUGAUAUCUCUUUGACACGUCUUUUGUAAGUAGUUAUCUUUGAAGUUUAAGAGGAUGGGGACUACUGUUGUCAGUUAAAUUUAUCACUCACUACCUAGUUUGAAAUCUUGAUUUACAGCCAUCUCUCCUCAGACAACCAAAGGCUGAGCUUGUGCCACAGAGACAAUAGUGAAUUUUCCCAUUGAUGUCCUCCCACAUUGAAAGGUAAUAUGAUAUAAAUAUUGAUCCACACUUCCCAGGGUCUAGAGCUUUGGAGGAAGGUUAAUUUUUUUGUGGAUAGUAUGUGUAAAGCCAAGUUAUCACUGAGUAACCACGAGGAAAUUCCAUGUUUUACAGUACAUCCCAAUAUUCUGUUAAUUAAACAGAUCAUACAUUAAAUAUGUUAAUGAUGUUUUUGUCAACUUCUACACUUGAAGUAGAUUUUACUAUUUUUUGAUUUGUGUCUUACUUCAAAGAAAAUAAAUGGACAUUUUCAGUUUCUCAACAGCUUAGAAAAUUAUGACCUUAAAAUACAGAAUUUUAUCUCAAAGAACUCAAAAUGAUCAAUUUUAAUGUUUACUUCAUGAUAACCCUAAAGGUUAAUUUUACCAAAGAGAUUCAUAAAGUAUUAUUUUUCAAUCCAAAAAAAAAAUCCUGAUCUGCUUCUGAAUGUGAAUAACAUGUAAAACUGUUUGGAAGCUGUCAGGUUUUACUGUAUUUAGUUUAAUCUUUAAACAGUAAUUUUGUUUAUCAUGAGUAAGUUUGUUGAUUUCAUCUUUUCUAUAUUUUAGGUUGUAUAAAUACAACUUAUUUCUAUUUUUAUUCAAGGCUUAAAACAAACUUUCCUCUUCCCAUUUGCUAAAUGCUUCAGCAGAUAAUUUCAACACUUAUUAAGAUGGUAUUUAAUGCAGACAGGAAUGAAUAUCCCUUUGAUCCCUGCAGUUUAAGCUGGCAGUCAUUUUAACAACAGGAAAGGAAAUAGCAUUCAGGAUUGUUGGGACUCAUUGUCCAACAAUUUAAAAGUGUACAUGUGAGAUGAUUACACAAUGGUGUUCCAUGGGGUCUGUGCAUGUGCCAAACAAAGAUACUAUUUCAGCCAUAUUAACACAAAAAAGGUAUUCCAAAACAAAUCCCAUUUUAAAAAUUAAUACCCUUAAGAAGCGUUUGUGACAAACCAUUGGUAGAACCGUACUUCAAAUACACACAAAAUGUUGGAGGAAUUCAUCAAGUCAGGGCAGAUUCAAUACAGGGGAAUAAGCAAUCAGUGGUCUAGGCUGAUGAAAGGUCUUGGCCUAAAAUGUCGACUGUUUAUUCCCCUCUGUUGAUGCUGCUUAACCUGCUGAGUGCCUUCUGCAUAUAAUGUGUGUGUUGCUGUAGAUUUCCGGCAUCUGUAACAUCUCUUGUGAUUAUCUCAAUUAAUUCUUUCAAUGUGGUGGCUACUCAACGUGUAGCAGUUGAACCACAGAAUUAUGUGGUACUCAAAGUGCUUUUUAAAAAAAUUGUUGCUAUCAUAUUUCAAACUAAAAAUAGUUAUGGAUGGAGUACCAAAUCGUUAAGAAAAAGGCAAGGCAAAUAGUAAUUGUAUUCAAAUGGGUCUAGGAUGGCUGUGUGAACUUUUUUUCUCCAUCAACCACACAAAUAUAUACUAUCAAAAUAAUAGGUUGAAUAUUUUUUUGGAAGGUUAUGGGAUAGAUAAAGUACUAUAAGGAAUUGGUUUGUUGGCCAAACUAUCGGAUUGUAUACUCUGCAAUGUUACUUGAACACCACUUAUACUAUGUCUCGCUUUAGUUGCUCACUGAAGAUGAGAAGAACAUGCAACAACUGCAGUUCGGCUUCACCGGAGAAGAGCAUCUGGUGUGAACGAAUUGUGUGUAAACCUAAAGUGUGCUUAUCAACUCAGGGAAGGAUAACUGUAAAGGCAGAAAAAGCAAUACUGUGAGAGCAGAACUAGAAUUGAGCCAUAGUUAUGAUCCUUUCUAAAAUGAGAGAUGUAUGAUUGGCAAUUAAAAUGCUACCUCAAAGGCAAAUUACAAUUUCUUUUAAAUGGCAUGAUAGAAGUGAGUAGAAAUGCGAAAAAAGAUCAGCACAAACAAAAGUCUACUUUUAUUUCAGAAUUGUUAAAAAGGCAUUGUUAAUCCUAAAGUGCUCUGAAUCAAGAAAUUCCUAGAGAAAUUAUUUUUAUCAGUUCUUCAUUUGUGCUGUUACAGUUAUUUUUAUAUUUUUAUCAAAGUACUUUCAAAAUAAUUGGCAUUCCUUUUGAUAAUUCAGUGGUCCAGUGUUGGGGUUCCAGUUCAUGAAAACAGAAAUUCCUUUAUUUUUAAGCACAGAUUAUAAAAACCAAUGUGCCAAUGUGAUUCACAUGAUAUGCAUAAAUCUGUUGAAAAAAUAAAAAUGUGAAAAUAUAUGAUUGAAUGGUACAAUAUUUUGCUUUUGUUUCCUUUGAGCAAAUUGCAAUUUGCCACAAAUAUCUCUAAUUGUAUAGAAGUAUACACAAUAAAUUAAC